GUGGACAGCUUUUCUUUUUCUCUCUCUGUCUCAACAUAAAACACGUUCCGGCGUGUCGGGGGCCAAUUUAUUCAGUGUAAAUAGCAGAUUUUGCCGAGAGCCAGCGCUUUUCGCGAAGAUGCACGGCUGAGCAGGCACGGACCCGUCCGGCGACUAAUUACCAUAAUAAGGCGCACAAGUUCGCCAGCGAGUCGGGCACGUUUUAUUCCUCCGUAUUACCAUGUAGCCAGUGCCGCAGCGGGGAGAUAAUCGGGCGGAGGGAGCAGUUAGAAAGAGUAGACAGAGGGAGAGAGGGAGAGGAAGGAGCUGGCGGCACAUGAUCACGCAGGAUAUCCAGUCACUGAUCAACUGGAGCAUUCAUAAUUGCGCUGGCGACAACAUAUGGGAAUACAACGCGGCGAGAUCGUGGUCAACACCUGGUUCUGGAGGACAGCGGAGGAUCCGUGCGGGGGAAAAAGGGCGGCCAGAUCGGAGGGGACUUUGCAUCAAGCAGCCGAGAGAAAGCGUGGCAUCCGAGGCACCAUCCGUUGCAACUCGGUGUAGCUGCAAAACAAUGAAUUGGUCAAUCCAUCGAUCUGUGCUCCUAAUCCUAUAUUCCAUACGCCUCUGAGGAUGAUUCAACAUGGUAAAGUUGGUCAGGGGAUAGGUCUGGAGCCAGGGGUGACGACUAAUCUACUUCAAAGCUGAGCAUAAAAAGGCACGAGACAGAGCUGUUCCCAUAAAAAGGGAGAAUCCCUUCCUACCAGACACCACCCGCCUCAGCUUCCCACAGUUUAGAGGCGGCACGUUGACAGGAGCUGGAUAAGAUACGGUUUGCAUACUUUGGAGCAAACGCGUUGAGAAGAAUAGUGCAAAUGGUGCUGGGGCACCUCCUUCCCUGUCAGCCCCACUUCAAAAAGGUGGAGGUCACAGAAUUCCAACUCACUGCAGAAAUUUGAGGAGUAACCACACCGUUGGAAAAGAGAGAGACAGUGCUUAUGUUCACCAUUAUGGCAUCUGCACGUGUGGCCAAACGAGAGACUUGGCUCUUUGUGUUGUUUAUUUGCUUGACAUUACAUUCUGGCAUACUUCGCUUUGCGGCAGCCACGAUACAAGGGUACAUCGGAGACACAGACAUGACAUGCCCAUCUGUAUGCAGGUGCGAUGAAGACUUUAUCUACUGUAAUGAUCGUGGCCUGAGCUCUAUUCCGUCACUGCCUCCCACUGCAUCCGUCCUCUACCUUCAGAACAACCAGAUAAACAACCCCGGCUUGCCAACUUCCUUGGAGCGUCAACUUGCCGUUCGUGUUGUUUACCUCUAUGAUAAUGAACUGGAUGAGUUCCCCAUGCACCUGCCACCAUCCGUGCGUGAGUUGCAUUUGCAGGACAACAACAUCCGCACUAUUCCACGUAACGCACUGGCUCGGAUGCCCUUGCUAGAGAAGCUCCACUUGGAUGACAAUUCUAUUUCCACUGUCUCCAUUGAGGAUCAGGCCUUUGCUGACAACCCACGGUUGCGCUUGCUUUUCCUUUCACGCAAUCAUCUGUCUAGUAUACCCUCAGGACUACCUGCCUCUUUGGAGGAACUCCGCUUAGAUGACAACCGAAUCUCCACUAUCCCAACCCACGCUUUUCGAGGCCUCAGUUCACUUCGAUGUCUUGUUCUGGAUGGGAACCUUUUGGCAAACCAACGCAUUGCUGAUGACACAUUCUCUCGCCUUUCAAACUUGACAGAGUUGUCACUAGUUCGGAAUUCCCUCCAGACCCCACCCGUUAACCUGCCCAGCGCCCAUCUGCAGCGACUUUCUCUACAGGAGAAUGCCCUGACUCAUAUGCCACGUGGUUCCUUGGAUGGUAUGCGCAGGUUACAGAGACUGGACCUGUCUGGAAACAAUCUGACUACACUUCCAAGGGGACUGUUUAAAGACCUUGACAACUUGGGUCAACUGUUGGUGCGAGGAAAUCCUUGGCACUGUGGCUGCAAUCUGCGCUGGCUGUUUGACUGGCUACAUGCCCGUGGCAACUCUAUCACUGUUAGAGGUCUCACCUGCCAUACACCUGACAGAGUGAGAGACAUGACAUUAACAGACCUGACCGUUGAAAUGGAGGAAUGUGAGGUGGUAAGGACAGCAGGUACCAGGGACCGAGUGGGCAUCGGUGGCAUUGAGAGCGCUACCACCAACACCCCUCCACAGGGCUCUCUAUUUACUCUCCGCUCAAAGCGACCUGGCUUGGGGUUUCCCGACUCAGGCCUAGAUUAUACUCUUAGCAGCAGUGGUGUAGGGAAAAGCCUGGCUCUCAAUGUGAAGCCUUUGUCUCAUAACAGCGUUCGGGUUACCUGGAGUGUGGCUCAGCCCAGCUCCUCCUUCAGGUUGAGCUGGCUCCGGCUUGGUACUGGAAAUGCUAUGGGAUCAAUCACCGAAACUCUUGUGAGGGGUGAUCGUCGAGAAUACCUGCUCACGUCCUUGCAACCACAAUCUAGCUACAUCAUCUGCAUGGUUCCCCUGCCUGCCAGUUCAGAAAGCAAAGGCACUAUUUCUGGAGAUGCUGACUCUGAUGAAGCACUGGUUUGUGCAAAAGCGGAAACGUCAGAUCCAAGCCCAUUGGACGAGGAAGAGGAUCAAAAGUCACAGCAGAUGACAGUGCUGCCCCUGGCAGGGAUUAUCGGUGGCGCUUCGGCAAUUGUAUCUUUGGCUCUUAUUUUUGGUGUCUUUUGUUGGUAUGGGCAUAGGACUGGGCAUUUGUGCUCCCGUGACCACUAUACUCGCAGCAGUUCAAGGAAAAGCAAAACCUAUGAUGAUUAUAUUGAGUCUGGCACCAAAAAGGACAAUACUAUCCUGGAGAUCCGUGGCCCGGGGCUACAGAUGACACCUAUGGCUGCUUGCCAGCCAAUGCAGCCAAAACCCCUACGGGAGGAUUACAUCAUUCAUACCAUAUUCCCCUCCAAUGGCACUGGCUUGUACAAAGGUGCCAACCAUGUUUCCAAUUCAGGACAUGGCACCAAUCGUGGCUAUAGAGAAGGAGGAAUCCCAGAUAUAGACUACUGUUACACAUGAUGUACUGUACCAGAUCCUGUUCACAGUGUUAUUGGUAAACUGUAUAGAUGCACAAUUUCCCUUCGCAUGGACACUUCUGAAGUACCCCUCUGUGCCUUCUUCUUCUGGUCUCCCAUUCCAAAUGACCUGCUGUUCACUGCACGGAAAGUACUGUAUGUGAUUAAAUGGAACUGAAAGCGUGUGGAAGCAGUUCACUGCAGAAAGCAGCAGCCAAUGCCCCAGGUGUAAAUGCACAGCUGAGUGUUUCUUCACCAUCUUAGUAAUGGCCUGUGUAUGUUUCCUUUUCUGCUCUUUCCCUGUGACAUGUAAGCAAUGAAUGUAUCCACUGUGGAAAGGUCAAAAUUAGCAAGCUUAGAGUUCCUCUUUCACACACUGGAGUCACAGCAGCCAGUUCAUAAUGGAUAAAGAAAUAAGGAGAAACAGACAUUUCUGGUACUCAUUUCCUGCUCACCAGUUAUACGGAGUAUGUAGUCUUUAUCAAAUCAUUGUUCCAAAUGCCUCAACUAUAUUGAUGUGCCCUACCAGCUAUUCAAGGAAAGGGCUUUGUAAAGCUGUGAAAUGUUCUAUUUCAAACAACCCAAUAACCACUUGUCUUAAAGUAGGCUUGUUAUUACCUUAUUCAGUAGUGGGCAAGGUGAAGAUCUUGUAAGGGCUGGUCAGCCUUGGUUAUACCUCUUGAGAUCGUUCACCUGAAAUCUGAGAUCAGUAUUGUAGUGUUGCAUCAGAUGAAAUGCAGCACAAGCGUGUAGAUAAUUUACUUAGUUACCGACUGGGCUGUGUUUGAAAAAUGCUUUGCUAUUUUUAUCAGUGGUUUGUUUAGUAAUGAAAACCUCCACAGUUCUCUUUAUUUAUUUAUUUAGUUCCUUAUGUGAUGUUUUUUGUCUCUGCUAAAAGCUUCUUUUUUAAUGUUGUUUUCAUUGUCUUCUUUGUCAUUUUGAUGAAAGACAGUUUUUAAAAGUGGCUCUGUUUCAUUUUAACAAGUGAUGAAAAUGUACUGAUGGCUGUCCCCAGGUUCAUGUUUUGUCAAAAGCAUCAGAGCAAAUUCUUGAUUGAAACUGUUUAUAUUAUCAUGUACCUAAAAAAAAGAAAAAAAUGACCCCACCGAAAGUCUAGCAUGUCAGCCCACCAAGACAGUAGAGACCAACCUCAGUCCCUCUUUUCCAAUGUUGUGCUUGUGUGCUUAACCUGUGAGUUCCGUUGAUGACUUUUGUUUGUUAAAUGUUUCCUCGACCUUGUUGAAGUGAAGACAACAUAAAAAGCAGAGUGGACAAAACGCUAACGUGGAGCCUCUUGUGGGAGCAGAACUCUUCUGAGUGAAUCUCAAAACGGGGGCAAGAACUGUGAGCGCAACUGAGGAGACUCAAACCGCAACACUGUUGACCUACACUGUGGGGCAGUGGCCAAGCUGUAUGGGUGGGAGGAUGGAUGGGCAGGGGCGGGGGGACUCCUCAGUGAUGGGAGUUCACUGAUGUUUGUUUUAGCAACGGUAAAAGGCCUCCACUCAUUCCACCUAUUUUAUUACUGAGCAGCACUAAAAAUGUAAAUGUAUUAGCACUUAGCAGCAAGAAACAAGGAUAAAUGUAACGACAGGCAUCGGGAGAGAGGGUAGAGAAACAUCUCCAUGCCCUGGCAAAGAUGCAGAAUUGAUAGCUCUGGGGCAGUGGGGGUCAGCAGUGCAUAAAUCUGUUUGUCAUACUUAGUUAUACCCUUGGAUUUAAUAUUGUCCAUCAGUUGUUUACCACUGUGUCGCUUCCAAAGGGGAAACCAAUUGUGCUUCCUUGACUGUUCCGUCUGGCCGAGUUUUACGCUGUUGUCAGACAAUAUGUCAGUGGAAUGUAUAUUUUAUCUUGCAUCCAAAAUCACUGGCUUAAAUAACAUUUUAUCGGCCUGGCUAAUUCUGUUUUGGGGAAUGUUGAUAUAGUGUAAUUGCUAUUUUAUAGUGGGUCUACUGCAGAUGCAUACUUCCUCAUCAUUUGUACAAAUAAAACCAUGGCCACAGCCACAUGAAUAUUUUUUUUCUGGUGAAAUUAUAGAAAGUAAUGGUGCCAUAACUUUACGUUAAAAAAAAAAAUGUGAACCUGAGAUAUGUGUGGAAUUUGCUUUACAAAUUCAUCUUCAGAGGGGAUCAAUAAAAGUUUUCUAAUCUUGUUAUUAGUGCAACCUGUCAUUUCAACUCAAGGGAAGACUUUUUUUUUUUUUUUUAAACAAAUGUCAAGGCUCUGGUGGGAUACAAAGUGUUAACAAGCUCUCACCGUUGACAAAUUAAUUCUGUGUAUUGUUUUCAUAUGAAGAGGCCGCCGUGUAGUGCUGGGGUGAAAUCAUCUGCAGCCUGAGGCCAGACACUUGGAACCAGCUGAGAUUAUAAGACGGAGCAGAGAAGAGUCAACAGACUGUUGCCCGCUGUGACUCUAUGUUUACAUGCAGAGAGAGAGAGAGACUUUCAUGAGGCUGAAUGAGCUCCAAUCCAAAUGAACAACUUCAUCAAAACGCUUCAGAUGAAACAGAGUAAUCGGUCUCUACUGGGCUGACAUUUUGGUCCGGCUGAAGGACUUUGUGCAUCAUCUGGAUCUCCUUCAGUAACCUCUGGAAAUUCAUCCACCUGUGACACAGCCACUUGUAAAUUUAGUGAAGGAAAACUAAUUUGUUUCAUUUGCAACACAAAUUAGGACCGAUCAGAUGAUUACAAAAUGAAAGUAGGUUGAAAGUUUGACAACCCCCGGGAUCACCAAACGGUCCCAACACUGUUGCACCUGUAACUAAAUCACUAUGUGGUACGACUCUGUGUCAAAACAGCAAUUUGAGAAGUUAAAUAACUGGGCAGCAAAAGCUCUGGGGGUUUAAACUGUAAAGCAGUACGCAAAAUAUAUCCAUAACAGAGCAAGGUUCAAUGUCUUGCUGUAAAUUGGAAGAAGAAACUUGUCAGAAACAAUCCAUCCCCCCACUAAUGUGUGAUGAAACUCCCACUGCUGACCAUGACAAAUAGCAAAACAAUUCCAGUUGCAUUUAGCUGCAGACACAGAAACAAACGCCACAGGUUCAGAUCGGUAGCGAAUAAACAGUGAACAUUGAUUGAGUAGAAAUGGAGAUGCCAAUGGCAGCCCUUUUUGUGCCCGCAGUCCUGUUGUGUUCGGCUGUGUCAGAGUAGGUCUGAAAAGAAUUGCGGGGUUUGAAAAGGUACUGUGAAAAAUAACAGUAAAGUUAAAGAUAAAAACUGUUGAAACUCCAAAGGAAGACAAACCGCUUUUGUUGCUUUACUGCCAUUGUUUCGCUUCAUUUUUCCUUCUUAAAUGAAAGUUGAAUUUCUUGCCGACAUAUAUUUGAUUGCUUUUUUUUUUUUUCUGUGUUCAUGGCUAUGGGAUUGUGGUAUGUCUGUGACAGCUUUAGUGAGUAUUGUCACAAAGGAACAAUGUGACUGCUGUUGCAAAGAAGUGUGAACAGUUUGGAACGACAGCUGAAUCCCAAAUUCACAGCAACAGAAUUUGAUUGGACUGGCCCUUCCUCGACAUUCUGGUGCUGAGUGUCAGCUCCAUACAAGUUAAUUACUUGCUUGCUGAUUUGUACUCAUAUAGGCUUCUGUAUAAAAAUACGACACAGCAAAACACACCUGUCACAUCUGUUAUUAGCUGCCUCAACACCUGAAUCUAUUGUUGGUUAAUCUAAGCAGCAGGUUUGGACAAUGAAGUGGAAUGUGUGGGAUAAAAAGGCAGAUUUUCUCUAUGUGAAUAUGUGUGAACUGGGUAUACAAUAGAAAAAAAAAUGUUAGGAGUCAUUCGUUUGUCCGAAGGAGAGCUCUUGGUGGCCUCAUGGUCACUCUGGAAGGCUCCACUGAGCACACUACAUAAACCACAUCUCUCUGCUACUAGUCUUGGUUAGAACACACUCCCUCCCUCUGCCACCUUUUUGUGCACACAGAGAUGAAAGAGGGUCGUAUUGUCACGGUCAGCUGGAUCACAACUCAAAUAACCGUGACCCGAAGGUUGGGCAUUAACCUAUUUCUUGCCUCGGACCCGGACAAUUUAAGACCAUACACUGUAAAUCUCGUUGCGUUGCAAGAAAAGGAGGAGAGGGGAAUGAAAAAUGAGAAAUACGAUAUUGGAAAAUGAGGCCAAAGAGGGAGGGGUUAUUGCAGAGAAAGAGAUAGUGGAGAUGUUGGCUGUGGGAGUCGUCGGAGAGUCUCGCAGCAGAUGGGCUCGUUUGGUUUCUAAUGCAGAUGGUUUAAUAAUGUUUUUCCAAGAUUUCAGCAGUUAAGGCUUGAUAAGCUGGUAGUCUAAUCACCUUGGACGGGUGUAACGCAGGGCUACAUGGAUUUCAGAAUAGCGCCUUGUCUAAGCCCUUAAGAUCCUGAAGACUGACUGCAAUGGCUACACUGAAACACAAUCCCAAUCAGUGCAGGGACAAACUGUAUCGGUGGCUCUCAACAUGAAGUGCCACAUCCUUCUGUACUGAAGCAAUUCUGGACCUCUGCAACUCUGUACUAACAUCACAAACAGAGAACACAGGGAAGGGUUAUAUAUAUUAAAAAAAAUUUAAUAUAUAUAAAAAAAAUUUUUUUACAACAGUGUUAUACAUAUAUUUAAACAUAAACAGCGUCAUGAGAGAUGGAAAUGAAAGAUUGGAUCUGCACCAGUAGGAACCUAUUUGUGAUGGACAAGUCAAGACAAUAAUACAGAAAAGGCUCCAGGGUUACCACUUCGACUGCUGUUUCUCUCUUGACACUGACCACGCACCAACAGCCUUGAUGUCAGCAAACAAAUAGACAACUGGCGAUUGGGAGCCAGGCAUAAUCCCUGUCCCCGAGGGACGCAGCUGAGCUUGUUAGCUAGAGCUCGCCGGUGUGACUGGAAUGAAGAGGACCACAGUGCUGCAUGUUGGAAUUACAGUAGGCUGUGUCCUCUUGAAGCAUACGUCGGCUUUAAUUACCACACGUGAGAUGUUGGUUUGUCAGUAAUGCUGCAUAACUGCCUUAAAGUGCAUGCUUUUCUUGUGAGUGUACAUUAUGUAAGUGAUGUCCCAACAUUUAUCAGCCAGGACGUCUUGGCCUCCCUCUGAUCCUACCGUAAUACUACACCAACCCCAUUCUGUUGCUCUCACAUCUCAAAAAGUGACAUCCCUUAAUAUGCUCUCGCUUUCUCUCUCUUGCUUUUAAUUAGUUAAUGGAGCAAAGAAAUUGAGACAAAAUGUGUACAUGUAGGUGUGAGAGAUUUUCUCCAGGAGCAAAUUUAAGCAGAGCAUUAUCAAAGACAAAUUUGCUGCUGCGCAAAAUCCACUGUAGGUAGCCUAACAUCUGUUUGAAGUGUGCUAUUUAUUCUGAAGUGGUAGUAAUCAGCAUGAUGUGGCUCAAAUUACUGAGGUGCUGCUCCAGACUGGAAUAAAAUUACAGUUUGUAAACCAAUUUAGCCUUUUCUGUUUUACAAUUAGAUCAGGAGGAUAUCACUGAUGCAGUUGUGCUAGAUGGACUCACAUGGUAAAUACCUUCUACAUCGGUCACUUAAUAAAAGUAAUAUCAUUAGGAAAAAGCGUAUGUGCAAGCUGGCACAAAUUGUGCCGGUUGGACAUUGCUCUAGCCUUCAACAGCUUUAAGUUCUUGGUGUUUGUGUUAUAAUAAAAAUGGUCUGUUGCUCCAAUUACAGGUAUUGAACCAGCAGUUGACAAAUGUGGACGGGUGGACGUGGUUUUGUCAUGUUUGCUUGUUUGUGUGGGUGCCUGGGUUAAAAUAUUAUAUUAUAUAAAUAUUUAAAGAGCACAAAUGAAGGAAGCAGCAGACGACCUCUGUCAGAUUGCAUCAAGAUUUCUUGGAAAACUGUGUUCAUCAUCAUUAUCAUCACAACACACAAGACUCAUACACAAACCAGCAAGUGAUUCUGAUUGUGAUUCCAAGUUAGGUUUUCCAUGCAGGAUUUCAUGGUUUUCUUCAACUAAACCUACUCGACUAGUAGCAGAUAUUUUUUUUCCUGUGUGUUUUUUGCAACCGACUGUGUCUAAUGAUCAUAUUUCUUUGUUGAACCCUAUGUUACACUGAGGGAAAAAAAUAAAUAUUUUGCAGAAAGAC